CUGCUGGGCAGCGUCUAUUCUCUCACUCGUUCCCUGUCCUCCCCACGUAGCGUACGUUUCUCCUGUGUUGUGUAUAUAUUCUUCGCCAUUAUAUUUUGGGGAUUCACUAUUUUGCUGUACAUAUAACGUCUGAAAUAGCAGGGGAAUAUCUAUAUUUUUUAUACAUUGAAACAGAGGAACGAGUUCUGUCAUCGUUGAUCGAUAAAUUUGUCUUAUCGAACGUCAUUUUGUGGAUAUUAUUGUCACCUUGUCCUGAAUAUAUUUCAAAAGGAUUGGUACAUUAUUUUGUUAUACCACUACCACCGUAUUGGAAUAUCUUGUUUUGUGUUUUAUUACUGGAGUAUUCUGUCCAUGUCUCCAGCCGCAACGCCAACUUCAGCAGCUAAUAUCCAGAAAUGCCCCUUUUCUUUCCCUGCAACUAGCAGUGAGGAGAACACCAUUUUACCCGAUUUUUGUGACUCCAAUUCGGACCUGUCUACAUCACUAAACCCUUACUGGCAGUGCCACACACACAACGUAAAAUCGGAUCAGUGCAAUAUGGCGGCCUCCCCAUUCACAUUCGCGCUCUCAGGCAAAUCAUCACUCUGCACCAGUGCACUCAAAUCAACGUCGAGCAGCGGGAGUCGGACUCCGGAGCUGAAUUCAAACAUUAGAGUGGCCAACCGAUGUUUGCUGAACCGUGCUUGCGAGCAGUUGCAGCAGUGCUCACCGAGACUUCUACGUAAGUUUGGAAAAUCAGACUGUCCUCAGAACAGCCAAGAUGUCACCCCAAUGUCAAUGAACUGUUCCAAUUCUCCCUCUAGCACUACCUCACCCAUCGUGCUCCCACAAGAACUCAGUCAGCGCCUGGAUAACCAUUCAUUGCUGUCAAAAUGCAGCCAAUCCCGUCUUUGCCGUCCUCGAUCUAGCUCUGUCAUCCUCGUAGACCUUCGACCAUUUCUGGCAUUUAGCAGGAGGCACAUCUCAGGGGCUCUCAACGUCAACUGUACCACUCGAUUCUCAUGUAGACGACUUCGUGAUGGCAAGGUAGCGCUUGCGGACCUGGUCACCUCGGAGGAAGGCAAGAAGGAGUUUCAGAGGAGAUUAGACCAAGAUAAAGAGGUUGUGGUAUACGAUGAGGAGUCCCAAGGAAUUGAUAACCUACCAGUCAACCAUCCAACUUCCCUUGUCGUUAGUGCUCUGAAAAAGGAAGGCGUUAAAGUCAGACUUCUAAAAGGUGGGAUUAAAGAAUUUGCGAACCACGGCGGUGACCUCUUUGUCAGCGAACUUUCGAACACCUCAUCAUCGUCAUCCUCAUCUACCUCAUCGACUGUGAUCCAUGAUGGCGAAGACCCCCCCAGCCCAACUACCGAUAGCGAGCACAUCCUCCGCGGCGGCUCCGGCAUCUGCCCCUCUGAAGGCAUCCCCAUGACCCAGAUUUUGCCUCAUCUCUACGUCGGCAACGAAGUUGACGCUGCGAACCUCGACUUGCUUCGGCUGCACGGCAUCAGCCACGUCCUCAAUGUCACCAACUCAGUGCCUUGUUUCCACGAAGGCGAGAGCGCCAUGCGAUACAUGAGGAUACCAGUACGCGACAACGGACUAAUCAACCUCCGGGUCCACUUCCAAGCCGCUUUGGAAUUUAUCGAAGAGGCUCGACGUCGCAACGCCCGUGUUCUCGUUCACUGCCACGCUGGAAUCUCCCGGUCUUCCACCGUGGUCAUCGCUUACGUAAUGAAACACAUGAACCAGCCAAUGACCCAAGCUUAUCAAUUCGUCAAGAGCAAGCGACCUAUCAUCGCUCCCAACCUUGGAUUCGUCGGUCAGCUUAUGGAAUUUGAACAGUUCUUGAGCAAGGUGAACACUCCGCGUUCAGCCAGUUGCCGGCUCACCGACUCGCCCGUGACUUGCGCCAAGCAAUUACACCACAGCAGACCGAGUACUCCUAGUAUGGACUUAGAUACAGCCGUUAUGGAGGCAUAGGAUCAAAUCUAAACCAGACUUUCGCGUGAACAUUUUGUUUUUGUGUCUGGCUCGAUGAGAGUAGGCCCAUGUCACUGAUGAUAUGAAGACAACAGACAGUCAAAUAUCAGAACUAUUGAUUCUUGCCGAAUAUCACUAUCACCACCAAAUGACUUCCUCGUGUUACCUUCUAAUAAUCACCCUUUCAGAAUGCACACUAGAUUAGACAAGUCAACUUCCAUUUUCACUCCGUUAUAUCUUUCUCUCUUUAAUAUAUUUUAAAGGUAAGAUUUUAAUAUAGGUGCAGGAUACUGAAAAUGUUCAGGUACGUGUAACGUAAGCAAAUAAAGCAAUAUCAAUAGAUUUCCGCAGUCCAAACGAUUUUCUAGAAGAAGUGGCUUUAGGAUUACGACUAAACUAAAUCGGCUUCCAUUUUCUCAUAAUAUUGACUAAAAUGCGCUGGGCGCUAUUUUGUCACUAAUGUUGAAGAAGUACUACAUGCGUUUUAUUUACUGGUAAUAUAUUUAUUCAUGACAUGACUGACAUCACAUUAAAGAUACAUGUAAUAACUACAAUUUUUUGAUAAUUUUCUAAUCUGGUAAAGUACAUGUAAACUAUGGCAUCACUUUUUUUUCCAAAUCUUCAUUAAAGAUUACCUUCACUUUUCUUUUAUAACUAUGAAUGUGCAAUCUGAGAUAGACUAUGAUAUUAAAAAAAUGAUAUGGAUUU